UUGUGGUGGAAUGAUGAAGAUGGGUGUGGGGUGGUGUUGUCCUUUGCAUGUUGCGAAUUUUUGGUGUGGUAGUUACAGUUCUUUGUUAACUAACAUGCCCAUACCGUAAGCUUUUUAUCAAGUAUUGGCUUUCAAGAUUUGCUGAGGGCCUUGAUUUGCUGGUCGCUGGGCUUGGCCCACAGAAGUUGCCAUCAUGUUCCGGUGUAUGCCAAUGUUCAAAGGAUGCAAGAGUCAGGUUGAAUGUAUUGACAAGCGUCACUGCUCAUUGGUAUAUGUACCGGAUGAGAUUCUUCGUUACGCUCGUACUCUUGAAGAGCUUCAUCUUGAUGCCAACCACAUCAGAGAGUUGCCAAAGAAUUUGUUUCGUCUCACCAAGCUGAGGAAGCUUGGAUUGAGUGACAAUGAAAUACAGAAGCUGCCCCCAGACAUUAUGUAUUUGGAGAACCUGGCAGAGCUGGAUGUUUCUAGAAAUGAUGUGCCUGAUAUCCCAGAAGAAAUCAAGAACUGUAAAUGUUUACAAGUCAUUGACUUUAGCAGCAAUCCUAUUACAAAACUGCCCCAGGGCUUUGUGCAGCUGCGGACACUGACGAUGCUGAGCAUGAACGACAUGUCCAUCACCUCUCUGCCCUCGGACUUCGGCAGUCUGAUAAACCUGGAGUCGCUGGAGCUGCGAGAGAACCUGCUACAGACGCUGCCGCCGUCGCUGGCGCAGCUCAGACGUCUGGAGAGGCUCGACAUCGGCGACAACGAGAUCGAACAGCUGCCGAAGACGGUGGGCAGUCUGCCGGCCCUGAAGGAGCUCUGGCUCGACCACAACCAGCUGGCACACCUGCCGCCGGAGAUCGGCCACCUGCGCAGUCUCAAGUGUCUGGACGUGUCAGAGAACCGGUUGGAGGACGUGCCGGAGGACAUCGGCGGCCUCUUCAGCCUGGAGGACCUGCUGCUGUCGCAGAACUUCCUGGAGGAUCUGCCGGACGGCAUCGGGAAGCUCUCCGAACUGAUGAUCUUCAAGGUGGAUCUCAACCGGCUGACGCGGCUCAACCCUGUCAUCGGAAAGUGUACCAAGCUGGAGGAGCUGGUGGUGACGGAGAACUUUAUCCACGAGCUGCCAGAGUCUAUCGGUAACCUGCGGCGCGUCACGCACCUGAACGCCGACCGCAACCGGCUGGAGACGCUGCCUCAGCAGAUAGGUCACCUACAACAGCUGGGCGUGCUCUCGCUGCGCUGUAACCGGCUCCAGUACCUGCCCGACACCAUCGGAAACUGUACGGCCCUGCACGUACUGGAUGUAUCGGGAAACAGGCUGCAGUACCUGCCGGCCUCGCUGCAGAACCUGAACCUGAAGGCGGUCUGGCUGUCGGAGAACCAGGGGAAGCCGAUGCUGCAGUUCCAGACGGACUGGGACGAGCACAGCGGCCAGGAGGUGCUCACCUGUUUCCUGUUGCCGCAGCUGGACGAACAUGAGCCGCCAGAGAAUGGUCUGGAGGGUCUGAACGGCAGCACUGCCGGCGACGUGACACUCGGGGCGGGCUCUGACUGGGACCCGGCCGAGGCCAGCCGCACGUCCGUGGUCCAGUUCCAGGGACAGGGCUCGGCUGACGAGGACGGCGACAGCGACAAGGAGAGUCACUUUGUGCGUCAGAACACGCCACACCCGCGGGAGCUGAAGGCCAAGGCGCACAAACUGUUCGCCAAGGGAAAGAACGUGGAUGGCAGCAUGCUGGCGCACUCGGAGGACCGCACAGCUGAGGAUCAGCCGAUGUCCUUCCGACCGGGACGGGUGAGCCCCCCGCCGGCGGCCGAGCCGGCCCGCCCGCCGCAGCAGAGUCGGUUCAACCCGGGCUUCCGGCGCGACCUGCCGCGGUCGGUACACACCAGCGGCGCCAACACGCCCGAGCCGCUGCCGGAGCCGCCCGAUACCAGUGUCGAGCUCACCGAGCAGGAGGACUCUCCGACGCCUCUGCCCACUCUGGAGCGUCAGUCUGCUGUGGAGGACACCGACUCGGAGCGUCCGGAGCCGACUCCGCCGCCGCCGCCUCAGUCUCAGCAGCAGCCCUCGCAGCCCUCCCCGCAGCCCCAGCAGCCCUCUCCACAGCCCCAGCAGCCCUCUCCACAGCCGCAGCAGCCCUCGCCGCAGCCCGCGGAGCCCCAGCAGCCGCCGGAGAGGCGCCAGGUCGGGUUCGUCUCGGAUGGUACCGAGGCCGAUGAUGAGGAGCCGGUGGAGCGCCACACCCGGCUGCACCGCCGCGAUACGCCGCAUCACCUGAAAAACAAACGCAUCGUCACCAACAAGGUUGAUCAGGAGAAGGUGGCAUCCAUUAUCGCCGAGGCCCUGCAGCGGAACGGUGGUGCCGCCGCCGGCGAGCUGGGUCUGCCGCCGGCGCCGCCCAGUCCCCUGCCGCCUGACGCUGCCGACGGACCCGCGCCGCCGCUGCCGCCGCCGCCCCAGAACCGCCAGCAGCUGGCGCAGCCGGCGCAGCAGCUGCCGCCGCCGGAGCCGACCGUGGUCGUAGAGGAGACUCAGCUGGAACUGACCGUCCAGCGGGCAUCCACCGGUCUGGGUCUGAGUAUCGCCGGCGGGCGCGGCUCCACGCCGUUCAGAGGUGAUGAUGAGGACGUCUUCAUCUCCAAGGUGCUGCCCGGAGGACCGGCCGACCGCGCCGGACUGAAGGUGGCCGAUAAGCUGGUAUCGGUGAACGGGGUACCUACACUCGGCGCCGACCACUACGAGGCGGUGGGCAUUCUGAAGGCGGCCGGCGCCACACUGAGGAUGCUGGUUAUGAGGGAGGUGACCCGACUGGUGCCGCCGACUGCGGCUCCUGCCCCGGCGCCGGCUCCUGUCUCGGCUCCUGCUCCGGCUCCUAUCUCUGUUGCUGCUCCUGCCCCGGCCCCUGCCCCUGCUCCUGUCCCCACCCAGGCUCCCGCCGCUGCCCCGGCUCCUGCCGUUGCCCCCGCGCCAGCUCCAGCGCCUGUGUAUCAGACGGCUCCCCACCCGGUGCCGGUGCCUCGGCAGUCGACGCUGGAACACGCUGCCACCAGUCGCCCGACAGCGCCGGCGCCGACGGCUGCCGUGACGAGCCACGCGCCGGCGCCGGCACAGAAGGUCGUCCCACAGCCGGUGGUAGCCGCUGCGGCGGUGACGGCGGCUCACACCACGCACCAACCUGCGCACACCACUCACCAGCCCGCAUACACCACUCACCAGCCCGCGUACACCACUCACCAGCCUGCCUACACCACCCACCAGCCGUCGCACCGGCCGAGUUCGGUGCAGAGCCGCGGCUCACCCUCGCCGGCGCCCGCCGCUGCCCCGGCGCCGGUCACCUCCCUCACCGCCCGCCCGGCUCCCUCCGCCGGCCUGUCCGCCACCGACGGCGCAGGGGACGACCCGGUAGUGCGUCAGCGACACGCACAUCAGCGGCAGCUCAACAGAGAGCUGGAGCAGCGUGCUGACCGACUGCGCGCAGAGGUGGUCUCCAGCAGUCGCGUGCCCUCCUCCAGUCCUGCCGUCACGCGCCGGCCGCUGCUGGGCCUGAGCGCUCCGGCCGUUAGUCCGGGCCCACUGCGGCGACCGACCGCCGAGCCGCCGCCGCCGCCGCCGCCGCCGCCCGCACAGGUGAACGGACAGGCCUCUGAGGAGCUGGUGCCCAAAAUAGAGACAAUCCACACCACACUGAUGCGCGACAAGAGCGGUCUGGGCUUCAGCAUCGCUGGAGGAAAGGGAGCGGCACCCUACGUGGAAGGAAGCGACGCGGUUCACAUAUCGAAGAUUACGGAGGGCGGCGUUGCGGAGCGGGAUGGAAAGCUGAAGGUCGGCGAUCAGGUUAUCUCGAUCAACGGCGUGGACGUGCAGGGCGCUCGACACGACCAGGCCGUGUCUCUGCUGACCGGUCUGGAGCGGUUUGUGCGGCUGAUUGUACAGCGCCGCCGGCUGGUCACUGCCGCUGAGGCCGCCGCCUCGCCCGGCCGGCCGCGCGCCUACGCGGGGUACUCACCCGGGAGCUCGGCGUACUCGCCCGGCAGCUCGACUUACUCGCCGGGCAGUUCGGCCUACUCGCCGGGUAGUUAUAUGUCGAGUAGGACCGGGUUCGGUGCCUACCGACGGCCCGACCUCAGUGGAGCCGAGAACCGCGCGCCCGUCGCUCCGGCCCUGACCUCAGCCGCCGCGCCAGCUCCGAGUGCGGCUCCCUUCUCUGCACAUUCUGCCGCUGCUGCCGCCCCACCCGCUGCUGCGCCGCCUCCGAUGGCUUCCACCGCCGCUGCUGCCGGUCCGGCGCCGUCUGCCGCGCCGCCGCCGCCGCCUCCGGCCGCCGCGCCCGCGCAGGUACCUGCCGAGGAGGAGCCCCCGGGCGGCACCCUGGAGACCAUCUCCCCCGAGCAGUUCCAGGAGCUGAUUCCGGCGCACUUCACCCACCCGCCGGCGCCGGGCGGCCACGGCGCCUCGGUGGUAGUGGACCGGCACACCCCGCACGUACCCGUCCAGCUGGCGCAAUUCCCGCCGGCGCCCACCAAACCGGGCGUCUGGACGGAGAGUGUCACCAAGAGCACCUACACGGAGACGACCACCACUCGGCGCACUGAGAACAUACUGGUGCGGCCGCCGCCGCCCUCGCAGACGGUGGUGCUGAACAAGGCGGGCGGUCCCCUGGGACUGAGUAUCAUCGGCGGCGCUGACCACAGCUGUCUACCGUUCGGUCGGGACCAGCCGGCCGGCACCUUCAUCUCAAAGAUAAUCCCUGGCGGUCAGGCGGCGGCCGGUGGUCAGCUUCGCGUCGGUGACCGACUGCUCGAGGUGGACGGUGUCGAUGUGACGGGCGCCACUCACGAGCAAGUGGUGGCUCUGUUGCGCCGGCCCGGCCCGGAGCUGACGCUGCUGGUGCGGCAUGAUCCGCCGCCACCCGGCUGGGAGGAAAUGGUUCUGGAGCGGAGACCAGGAGAGAAGCUCGGUAUGAACAUCAAGGGCGGCCUGCACGGCCUGCCCGGUAACCCGCUCGACAAACAGGACGAGGGAGUGUUCGUCAGCAAGUUGCACGAGGAGGGUGUGAUCCCGCGCGACGGUCGGCUCCGCGUCGGUCACCGGCUGGUGGAAGUCAACGGCGUCACCCUGCUCGGCGCCACUCACCAGGACGCGGUGGACGUGCUGCGUCGCGCCGUCGGCACCCUAGCCAUCACCGCCUGCCACGGGUACGACCCUGCCGAGGUGGAGCAGCGUCUGGCCGACGGACAGCUGCAGCGCUCGCGCUCCGCAGUCAGCCUCAUCAGUCUGGUCAGCCUGGACGGUACCUCGCGGCCCGUCACACCCGGCUCGCGGCCCGGGUCACGGGCCGGGUCACGGGCCGGGUCACGGCCGGGGUCACGGCCCGUGACGCCCGGGGCGGACCGGCCCGUGACGCCCAGCGGCGAGCACCGGCCGGUGACUCCUGAGAGCGGCCGGCGCAGCGCGGCAGAGGACGUCAUGGAGGUGGUUCGGGCGGCGGCCAUCCUCUCUCAGGCGCCCGUGCCGCCCCGGUCGGCGCCUGGCUCCCCCAGUGCCAGCCACACGCCCAAAACCACCACAGUGGUGAUGAGCAAACACACACUGGCCGGCACGAUGGAUGAGAGCCCCUCGUCGGGCUCCCCAGCCGACACACCGGAGCCGCCUCCCGAGUCGCCGCCGCCUGCCGCCCCCGCCGCCGUCCCGGCGGGCGCAGCGGCCACCCCGGAGCGGCCGCCUCUGGGUCCCAAGCCGCGCAUCGUGCCCCGGGUUAGCCUGCAGAGUAGAGAGAACAGCAAAGAGGGAGCCGCUCCGCCUGCCGCCGCCCCGCCAACACAGCCGGCGGCGCCGGUGGUGCGGCCGGUCGUUCUGCCCGUCACACCAGCCGCCACGGCUUCUGCUGCUGCCGCCACCGCCACCGCCCAACCGUCCACAGAGGACGUGUCGCCCCAGCGGAUGACGUUCUCGGCCAAGAAGCGGUUCUUCCAGGGCGACACGGCGGCUGCAGCCCGGCCGUCGUCCGCUCCACCGCCAGUGGUCGCCCAGAAGCCGCUGGUGGAUACAAAGCCGAAACCGGCUGCUGUCGUGCCGGCUCCUGCCGUCUCAGCGCCAGCGCCGGUCCCUGUCUCGGCCCCAGCCCCGGCUCCGGCACCGGCUCCUGUCCCGGAGCUGGCUCCCGUCGCUGCUCCCGCGGCGGCUCCCGUCGCCCCGCCGCCGCCGAUGCCGGCGCCGGCCGACGACCGCACCAGUGACUCCAGCGAGCCGUCGUCCUCCGCUCUCCGUCGACCCCGGAUGAUGACCGCCAAGGCCGAGCGACGCCAGCGGGAACGUGCUGGAAACGCAGCCUCCACCGACGAACAACAGAUGUCGCCGGCGGCGUGGCGCGCUCUCCAGGCCGAAAAGCGCGCUGCCUGGCGUCAGGCGCGGCUCAAGUCCCUUGAACAGGACGCCAUGCAGGCUCAGAUCGUGAUCCGCAAGAUGAGCGAACUGGUGGAGGCUCCGGAGUCGGCUGACUCGAGUACGGCCGAGUCGGUGCCGGGCGGCGUGGACAACUCUCCUCGGCCGGCCCCGGUCACCACGGACGAUAAUGGCAACGGGGAGGAGAGCGGCGGUGAGGACGAGCCGACGAGCCCCACAUCGCCGAACGACAACAGCAAGCGGCGCCGACGGCGCAGGAGGAAGCGGUAGCCGUCUGGUGCGGGGCGGACGGGGCAGCUCUGCGCCCGGCCUAUUUUUACAGCAGAACAAUCAGCAGCUCGUCUGUAGCGCGACCGUCCGAUGCAGCUAGUGAGUGAGAGAGAACUGUUUUAGAGGCAGCCGACUGGUGCAGCCAUAUCAUGCGAUCGCUUAUCAUUCCACUAUUGACUGUUUGCCCGUGCAGCUUUUAUUGAACUGCUUACUGCCCAUGCUUAGUUAGUAUUAUUAUAGCGCGUGCCAUUAAACGCAUGGCGUCUUUAAAUGGCAGCGUCCGCAGAGGCUUGGGAGACGGGGAGGGGCGAUGGGGGAGGCACAAAGCGGGCCGGUGGGACGGACACGGGAGGGGGAGGUGCAAGGCCCGCCGGCUGCGGUCGGCUAGAGGUUAUUUUAGCCACCUGUUAGCCGCGGCGCUGAUAUGAGGCGAUGGGGGGGGGGGGGGGGUGCAGUGCGGGGAGCCGGCUGGAGCAGAGCCGCUCAGGCCCCGGCGCCGCCCCGGUCUGUCGUCUGCGCGCCUGGGUCCGGGUGGGACCCGAUGAUCUGUUGACCGGGGUGCGGCGUGCGGGGCCGGGCUGUCCACAGAGUUCUCUGUGCCGAGGAGGGCUGGUUUCAGCCGCUGAUGUGUCCGAGAAACUUAUAGCAGAGAUUUGUGCCCACGGUAAAUGCUGACUACUUGACAAAAAUACACGAUGCUAUCGUGA